CUUUCUGCCUUAGCGAUUCAGGCUGCCUCACUAACGGGGUUAACUUGCUUAGCUCCGGAUCAGGCGUUCCUCAUCUCCGCAACGUAAGGGAAGCUUCAAGCUUUCACACCUGCUCAAGCAUGUCCAGCCACACUGCUAUUCAGUUAAAGCGAUGACAUCGCAAUUUAACGACCGGAUCCUAUGGCUAUGUCUUGGUGUCUCCCUGUUCUUUGCAGUUCGGGGCAUUACCCUCGAGCUGCGGCGCGUGCGCGAUCUGACUGAAAUCAAACACAAUGAUAAUGAGGAUCGCAUGUUAAGUGAGGGAACGGAAGACGCGCUGAAACUAGAGACGCUUCUGAAACUUUCCGAAAGCACGAGUUUCGAUCUUCGAGCGGCAGCACUGCGCAUUGUCGCGGAGAGGUCGACGAAAGGUUCCACGCGAGACCUGCUCCUGAAAGACCUGGUCAGCAAGGAUAAGGAACGACGAGAGAAAGCUCUCACGGCUCUACAUUUUCUUGUAUCUAAUAGAGCACUCUCCCGAACAACCGUAUCUAGUCGACUCAAGGAUCUCCCGACAUAUACCGCCCUGAUUGACUGUCUCUGCAACUUCCUCGAAGAACACGUCGAAGAAACCGGCACCACAAUAUCACCCAUUCUACCGAAGACGAGGCCUCCCGGUGAAAGAAAAGCACUCAGUACACUCAAUAUCGUGUUGCCCGAGAACAUCCAAGGUGCUCUGCAAGCGGGGAUCGUGAGCCGUUGGCUCUCGAAGUAUCCAUUCCCUUGCGCAGUUGCGGAUGAAGCCAGGAGGCAGGAUGUUGUUUUGCUCUGCAAGUCCUGGUGGGGCGACGAUACGUUUAUGUGCUCUAUCAUAAACACUCUUGCUUCGCACCCGGAUGGAGUUAAACAGCUGCGGAAAUACGGCCUCAUGGGAAGCAUGAUGGAAGAAAAUGAUCAUGAUGAUUACGAUAGGGACAGUGAUGUUUGGAUGGUAGGAGGUGAUGAUACGGCUGGUCCGAGAGGCCUGUCCGGACGGAGACUUCGCGAAGAAAGCGAGGAAGAACGGGCUCUGAGAAGACGCAGAAGAGAAGCAAUGGUCUUUAGCGAAGGAGGACGGCCACUUGGAAAUGAUAAUAUUAUUCACCCAACGGAGAACUAGUUACGCAUUAGGUCUCCGUAUCAACUUUUCCAAUUGUUCUAUACCCUUUGAAGGAUAUUAUAGAUUU